UCCAUCCCAACAAUAAACAGUAAAAUGGCUUCCAACCCAGAAUCAGUUUUGGACAAAUCCCGCGAACUCUCAGCUCUCCUUACCAGGUUGGAAAAGAAUCUAACCAAAUCUCAGGAUAAGAAUGACGCUUUGCUUGAAGCAAUAGAAACUGCAGAGACUAGAGCAUUAGAUAUGUCUGCCUCAGCCUCAGAGCUGAGCCUAUUGAGGAACUUACGGGCAAGACUAGCAGCCAGUCAUGCACCUAAUGCUGAGCUGAAGAAUGACCUACCAAUACUGAUCAAAUCUUUUAAGGAGAAAUUCCAAAGUCUUGACCUAACAUUAAAGCAAUAUAAAGAACUUACCAUUAAGCUACAGCAAGAUGACAAAGAUAUGAAGGAGCAGCAAGACAAGCUGAACAAGGAGAGGGAAAUCUUUAAUGAAGAGAGGGAGAAAUGGCAGAGACACAUUGAGCAGGCCAGGAAUGAUAUAUCGGAACAAAAUGACAGAUUGACAUUUUUAUCUCAGCAACUGACAGGAACAAAGGCAGAGCUUGAUCUCAAGACUAAUGAGUUAGCCAGCCGGAGGAUAGCAUUUGAGGAAGAGAAACUGCUCCAGCAGUCUGGGAAAGGAGGAGGAAGAGUAGUUGAAGGAGAGGCAGAAGAACUGAGACAAAGACUGAGGAAUCAAGCAUUAAAGAAUGUAGAGUUAGAGACAGCAUUGCUAAGAACUGAAGUGAGUCUCCAUCAGAAGGUGGAGGAUUAUGGAGCACUUGAACUGAAGAACAAGAGACUGUCACAAGAGGUGGAGCAACUCCGUACUGCUUCAUCUAAAGCAGUUAAACAAUUUGAAAAGAGAACAAUUGAAGCUAAUAAACAGUUGUCUUUUAUGAAUUCUGAGCUAUCAAAAGCACAAGACAAUGCUAAGAGAUUCCAAGAAAUACUGUCAGUGGAAAAGAGAAAACAAAAAGCAUUACAACAUGCAUUGGAUGAGAGACAGAGCCUAAGAGGAGGAGAUCAUGUCACUGGAUUAUCUCACGGAGCUCAAAAGGCUUACAUUGAGACACUGUCAGAAGCAAUACAGACAGUAGGGAAGAAACCACACUCCAAUAUGAGAAUACAGGACUUGAUUAGGAAGAAUGAGGCGGUGCUGGUAGAGAAUGCUCAUUUAAAGGCGACGGUACAGAAACUGAGAGCAGAGAAUGAUGAGUUGAUGAGACACGCUAGAAUAGCUGACUGUAACGCCCACCACAUGAGAAAUCAGGUAUUGACUAAUCUUCAUGAUAGAGCUGAUCUUAUGAAGAGACUAGACAAAGCAGAACAACAGCAUAAAGAGAUGCAAUUGUCAUUAACAAGACAAGCCAGUGACUGGAUACAACACAUGAAGACUGAGAAACAAAAAGAAAAAGAGAAACAAAUGAUCCAAAUACAGCCAGUGUCUACAUUAGCAGCUAGUGAGAGGACCUGGAUCAAAGGACCUUCAAAAACACCCUCUCUAUCACGGGAAAUACAAGUACACAAAUGGUGACUAACUCACUGAUGAACACUUAUACUUUAAUAUAUGUAUUAUAAUGUAUGCAUUGAUUAUACUAUUUUGAUGUAUAUUUAUUAUAACACUUAUGUAUAGUAGCCCACUUUAGUGAUUAAUAAUUUUUGUAAAUACAAUAAAUAUUUUUAUUUUCAUAAAAUUAAUAAUAAUUUUAUAUUAUACAUUCAA